CUUAAAAAAAAUGAUGAGAAUCACAUGUCACUCCACCAGACAAGCAAACAAAAUAAAGAUGCAAGCUUGAAGAGGGAGAAGCAUCCAAAGCCACAAAUUUUCAGAAUCCAAUACAAAGAAACAAGCUUUCCUAGUAUAAGACCAUGGCAACCCUUUGCUUUUCCAUUCCCAUUGGUGUAAAUCAUUGUUUUUACCUUUGUUUUUCUUCUUCUUCUUCUUCUUCUUCUUCUUCUUUGGUUUUGUAUUGAGCUCUGUGAGGGGGAGACAUUGAUGGCUAAUGAGGAAAUGGUGGACUGGGAGGCAUUGCCUGGUGCACAGGGGGAGAGGAAUGGUAGCACUGGUAAGCAGCUCUUGAAGUUCUUAGCUGCUGUUCUCUUGGUUGGUUUCUGUUUUCAUUUCCUCUUCACUGAAUUCAUUCUUUGGGAGCCAGAUUCCACCAAAGCAGGAUGCACUCUUUUUCAAGGGGAAUGGAUUCUAGACAAUGAAGGACCAGCUUACACCAAUGAAACCUGCCAUUUCAUAGAACCUUAUCAGAACUGUAUGAGAAACGAAAGGCCCGACACUGGUUAUCUUUACUGGAGAUGGAAGCCAAAGAACUGUGAUUUAGCUCGAUUUGAUGCAGAUAAAUUUCUGAAUGCAAUGAGGAACAAAUCAUGGGCACUAAUCGGUGAUUCGAUCUUUCGUAACCAUAUGCAGUCUUUGAUUUGCCUACUCUCCAAGAUAGAUGAACCUGUUGAUAUUUAUCAUGAAAUGAAUUAUAAAACCCGAACAUGGUACUUCUCCUCCUACAACUUCACUCUUGCAGUAAUCUGGGCUCCAUUUCUAGUUCGCUACGAUACUUUUGAAGGCCAUAACACAUUGGCAGAGCCAAAUUUAGAGCUUCAUCUUGACAUUCUUGAUACAAAAUGGACUACUGAAUAUCACAAGUACGACUACGUUGUGAUUUCCGGCGGCCAAUGGUUCUACAAAUCAGCAAUUAUGUGGGAGAACAACAGAGUCAUCGGCUGCCAUAAUUGUCCUGAUGAUAACUUGAAAGAACUUGGAGUUACAGAGCCUUACCGAAAGGCCCUGCGAUUGGCAUUCCAUUUCGUGUCAACAAAUGAUCACAAGCCCUUUGUUGUCUUCCGAACCUGGACACCUGAUCACUUUGAGUACGGAAAAUGGUACAAUGGAGGAGUUUGCAACAGAACACAACCAUAUAAAGAAGGAGAAUACGACGGUGAUCCAACCGACCAUGCAAUGAGGAGGGCUGAGAUUGAAGAGUUUGAACAUGCAGCUAAAAUCGGAGUGAAGAAUGGAAUGCAGAUGAAACUCUUAGACACAUACCAUCUUUCCUUGUUGAGACCAGAUGGUCAUCCCGGGCCUUACCGAACAUACCCGCCAAUCAAUGAUAAGAACAAGAAAGUUCAGAAUGACUGCCUGCAUUGGUGCUUGCCUGGUCCUAUUGAUACUUGGAAUGAGUUACUGAUGAAGAUGGUGAUCGAUGAUGACGAUAAUUUGGGGCAUGCAUCGGCUUAGAAUUCGGAGUCUUUUCUUUCGAUUUCUUCUGUAAUUCAAUGUAUACUCUGUACUAUUGUGAAAUAAGAUGUUCACUUGUUGUGUACCAUGUUUGUAAUUUAAUCUUAUGAACUUGUAAUUUAUUGGUAACUUCUUUGUAAUUUCUCAUCAUUAAAACUUUCAAAGGAAUGAGAAACAGGGAAAUUUAUUUCA